AUGGCUCGUGAGAACUAUACAAGGAUCACAGAAUUCAUUUUCGUAGGCUUAAAGUAUAACCCCCGGCUGCAGAUUUUCCUUUUCCUGCUCUUCCUGCUCUUUUACCUUGUGACGAUGACAGGAAAUCUGGGCAUGAUCAUUCUCAUCCGCGUGGACUCGCGCCUGCACACGCCCAUGUACUUUUUUCUCAGCCAUCUGUCCUUCGUGGAUAUCUGCUUCUCAUCCGUCGUGGGGCCCAAGAUGCUCACUGACUUCUUUGCAGAAAGGAAAGCCAUCUCUUUCCUGGGAUGCGCCUUGCAACAGUGGUUCUUCGGGUUCUUUGUGGCCAUCGAGUGUCUGCUCCUGGCAUCCAUGGCCUACGACCGCUACGUGGCCAUCUGCAACCCCCUCCUGUAUUCCGUGGCUAUGUCGCCCAGACUGUGCGUGCAGUUGGUGGUCGGACCCUACGCGGUGGGCUUCUUCAACACCAUGACCCACACCACGGCUGCUUUCCGCCUGCCCUUUUGUGGCUCCAACGUCAUCAACCAUUUCUUCUGCGACAUGUCUCCCCUGCUUUCACUCGUGUGUGCCGACAUCUGGAUCAACAAGCUGCUAGUUUUCAUCGUGGCCGGGGCCGUGCUGGUGGUGAGCAGCCUGACCAUCCUGGUCUCUUACUUCUUCAUCCUCCUGGCCAUCCUGAGCAUCCGCUCUGCGGAGGGGCGGCGCAAGGCCUUCUCCACCUGCUCCUCGCACGUCACCGCCGUCUCCAUCCUCUACGGGACGCUCUUCUUCAUCUACGUGAGGCCCAGUGCCAUCUCCUCGCUGGAUCUCAAUAAGGUGGUGUCCGUGUUCUACACGGCCGUGAUCCCCAUGUUGAAUCCCCUCAUCUACAGCUUGAGAAACAAAGAGGUGAAAGCCGCCGCGGGGAGGCUGGUGGCCAAGAGGAAGUUCUUCAGGAGGAAUUGA